AUGACAAAAAUUUGUCUCCACAUUAAUCCUGAAUGGGAUCCUUUUAAAAGUAUAGAUGAAAAUGAUACAAGUGAUAUUAUUACAAAUGACAAUUCACCAAAGAAUGACUCGAGUGUUAUCAUCAUUGGUGAUAAUCCAUCUAUAGUUAAUGAAGAGGAAAACAUCAAAAAUGAUACUACUUCACAGGAUAAUCAUGACAUAGUAAACGAAGAAGCAGAACAAGUUAUAUCAUCUCCAAAGGACGUACCAUUUACGAUUAUAACGGGAGCCAGUGAAAAUCAUUUUUGCCCUUUAAAAAGUUUUCUUUACACGACUCAUGAAACCAUAAAAGAAUUCAAAAAGGCAAGGGUAAUAGUAUAUGAUUUGGGGUUAUCCAACGAACAAAUAGAAAUCCUUGGUCGACUUCAAAAGAAAGGAUACCUAACGAAAUUAAAAAAGUUGGAUUGGUCGAAAUAUCCUAAAUUUUGGAAUAUAUCAAUAGCAAGAGGAGAAUACGCUUGGAAACCUGGAAUGAUUCAUGAAAUAUCAAAAGAAUAUCCUGGUUACGUAAUUUGGUUGGAUAGUGGAACUAAAGUAAAGAAAUUCUUCUUCAACAAUCUAGUUGGAUUUUUAGAAGAUUUUGAUGGAUUAGUUACACCAAAUUCACCCGGUAACAUGAAAACCUGGACUCAUAAAGGGGUUUAUGAAUAUUUUCACGAUGAUCAUACGAAAUAUGAUAAAUUACCAAAUUGUAAUGGUGCAGCUAUAGCAUUUGAUACUAAUCGUACUCAAACGUUAAUUGAUGACUGGUAUAAUUGCGCUUUAGAUAAAAAUUGUAUUGCCCCACCUGGGAGCAGCAGGAAAAAUCACCGUCAAGAUCAAGCCUUGCUCACUUAUUUUGCCGCCAAAGAAGGCAGGAUUUGGGAUUUGAAAUAUUCACAAAAAAAUAUAAAUACGAAUGUAAAAGUUAUCGUAUAA